AUGUCAGUGUCCUCAACUCAAGGCAAACAUCCCGCACAGACACCGCCAGGGUCAGCCAAAAGAACUAAAUUCGCAAGAAUAAAAAGCGCUAUCGACGCCCAGCUCGAUGAAAUCAUUAAGGACAUUCUCCCCAAUACACCCUAUAUCCUCCGCACUCCACGAGACAACGGCAACCCAAUCUCUAAGACCCACUCAUCACCGUACUGGCUACGUGGAACGCCAUUAGUGCCUGGCGAACAAGAGCUGCAAUAUAUGACCUUCCGUCAAUCGCCAGAGGGUAUGCUACAUUCCUUGGGGCUGUGGGAUGAUGGAAACGGAGGUAUCCCUGCACCGGAGAGGCCCCUGAGUCGAGCAAGUAGCGCUCAUACUCCAGGACAGAGUCAGCCGGUGAAAAAGUUGAAUUUCACUGAGUAUUUGAACCGAGAGAAGAGCAAGAGCGUAGGCAAGGAUGCUGCUCCACAACAGAAAACAAAGGAAUUGGCGAAAGGAGAAGCGAACGGUCCGGUUGAACGGCAGCAUGAUAUUGAGCCACAUGCUGCAAAGACCAAUGGUCAGAACCCUACAGAUAGCGAAAAGCCGUCUCGCUCCCCAAUUGGGCAAAAUCAGCCAGGUCAACAACGUAGAACGGUAAAGCAGCCAGUGGUAAAUAGACAGUCUCUUGAACACAUGCCACCGGGCGUGUCUGCUACUCCAUCGCCACCCGCGAAGAAGCGGCGACUAUCCUCUGAAAACAAUGUUAUCACUCAAUUGGAAGAGUCAACCCAGAAGUCACAGGACCUAUCCGAGCAGCAGGUCAAGACAGCUGAUGAUGUUAACAAGUCCUCAUAUGCCAAUGAUCCUUCGCAGGAGAAGCCUAAAGCUGCGCCGUACUUAGUUGAAGAUACAGAUAUUACGGCUAGCCGGCCAGCAUCGGCCAAGGAAACCAGCAAGAAAGAUAGAUCGCCAAAACUUCCUCCAAUGCUUUCACCGACCCUGCCGACCGCCGAAGCGUACAGGCUACCGCCUUUGCUAUCUCCUACAUUACCAAAAGACGUGGAGGAAGCGAUUCUUGAACUCAAAGCUAAGGUACAGAAAGCGGCCGACCAAAAUGCGAAUUCUCUAAAUCGAGCGAAAAGUCCAUCAUUGCAUGCUCCCUCUGGAACUGAUCGCGUCAAGGCGCCUGGAGAAACAGCCAAAGAAUCGAAAAAGGGUGUCUCUCCAGCCGCAGCUGAUAGGGCAAAUCAUCUUAAUGGAGUCUCAAACCCUUCCAAGCUUCGCGAAAAUGAGGAUCUCCGACCCACCGAAAAGAUGAGAAAAGUAUCAUUGAUUGUAAAGCUAAGAAUCAAGCGAAAGCAAAGUCGUCGAGAGCUGAGUCAGUACCUCAAUUUGAGACCGACGCCUAACAAGGUGCACUGGGAGAGAAAGAUCUCGCCAGAGCACCGUGCGUCUUUCACACCUUCCAAGGAGCCGGCCUUACCAAGUUUGAAACGGGAGAGAAUUUGUUUUGAGGAAGGCACGGCCAGGAAACGGCGGCGCGGUUCAGACUCCUCGACACUGCACGCCGAGACACCAUUGCCACCAGGAUCAUCACCACCAACAACUAGACCUCUCAGCGCUCAGAAACCACGCCUAGACGCUCGUCCGACAUCAGCCGCAAUGCGACGCGCAGGUUCAGGCCAAAGUCUUGCGACAACACCCCAAGGCCAAAGUCGACAUGGUACGCCUAGUGUAGCUGACAAAGAAUCUCCGUCGAAGCAAGAGCGACUGCGAGUAGAGUAUCGUGCUGAGAUGCUCCGGCUUGCUAACAUAGGUCGAGACCUUAAACACGAAGCUGACAGAUACUUGAAGCCUGAAAGCCGCACCGAGGACGACGUUAAGAUCGGCCUAGUCUUGGGUACUGAAGCAGUGCUGGCCUUCAUUCUUGCGGCUGCGGUACUCGAUGAACCUCCUCGACGAGAAGGCUUGCCUGGUCACACGUCACAGUGGAAAACUGUACUACCACUUCUAGGAAGCCUCACCUUCAAAGCAAGCUCGUAUCCAUACCUUUUCGGUCUCCUCUGCCAGCUCGAAGGCCUAACACGCGACGUGAUACAUAAUUACGAAACAAUUCACUUCCGAGCAAUUCUUCGCGAACAGUACGCACAGGGCGACGAGCCCCCUUUGCAGAAAAAUCACGCUUUCAUCAAAGAAUAUGUAGAAAAUGAAAUGAGAACUGAGAAGCUGUGGCCUGAGGGCUACGCAAACCUCUGGUUGCCCGAUUUGCAAAAACAUUUUCCUAAAACGUGGGGAAAGGCAAGACAGGUUCCAGGCAAGGGGAAAGCGCAGGACAGCAUUGACUUGAAAGACUACACCAAAGACGGCUUUGCGCUGCCAAUGGGCAAAGCAACGAGUGCGAUUGAGGGCGUAAACGCAGGCAUGUGUUUUCUUCAGGAGCACUGCGAGCUGGAGAAACUGGAUUGGAAGGCGAAACUAAUCUUGUAG